GCUACUAUUACUAUUUCAAUCAGUUCUCUCAGAAUAUUUAUAUAGACCUCGCCACUCCCCAUUUAGUCAAUCAGUCAGUCAUUAUACAUUUUUCUUGACCAAAGAAAUAUGGCUCUUCCUUUCGUUUCCUGCUUAUUCUUUGUUCUUAUCUCCUCUGCAACAGCGUGCGAUCGCUGUGUCCACCAAUCAAAGGUUGCUUACUUUUCCAAGGCUUCUGCCCUUCAGUCUGGUGCUUGUGGUUAUGGCUCCUCAGCUAUAGGCUUUAAUGGGGGUCGCCUUGCAGCAGCAGUUCCUAGUAUCUACAAAGAGGGAGCUCGUUGUGGUGCUUGUUAUCAGAUAAGAUGCAAGAAUUCAAAUCUUUGUUCAAAAGAAGGCACAACGGUGACUGUAACUGAUCAGAAUACCAACAACCAGACAGAUUUUGUAGUCAGCAGCAGAACUUUCAGCGCCAUGGCUAAUCAAGGCAAAGCUCAAGACCUUCUCGAACUCGGUAUCGUCCAUGUCGAGUACAAAAGGGUGCCUUGUGAUUUCAAAAACAAGAAUUUGGCUAUUCGGGUGGAACAAUCAAGCAAAAGGCCAAAUUAUUUAGCAAUCACCUUGUUGUAUCAAGGGGGUCAAACUGAAAUCGUUGGUGUUGAUGUAGCUCAGGUAAACUAGUAGUAUAGACUUAAAUUCUUUUCGAGUUCAGUAGAACAAUUGGUUAUUUUACCAAUCUAUAUAUUUAUAUAAAAGAGGGUCAUCCUCAUGGUGAUGUGGCACCUUUCUCUGUUCAA